AUGGCUACUCUCGAACCCAAACAGGACCAGGCCUCUGCCCGUCAGAGGGGUCACUCCGCUGUUGACUUCAAAUCCGCUACCACUGGUAUCGCUGCGAAGACCAUGCGAAACGAGCUCAACAGAAUGGUCGCCAACGUGCAGGACCCCACCAAGAAGAAGAUCUUUGAGGCUGAGAUGCAGUCCUUCUUCAUCCUCUUCAACCGAUUCCUCACCGAGCGUGCCAAGGGCGAGAAGCUUGACUGGGAAAAGAUCAACCCCCCCAAGCCUGAGCAGGUCCGACCUUACAAGGAGCUCGACGGUGUCGACCCCUCCAUCCUUGACAAGCUUGCCGUGCUCAAGCUCAACGGUGGUCUCGGUACCACCAUGGGCUGUGUUGGUCCCAAGUCCAUCAUCGAGGUCAGGGAGGGCAUGACCUUCUUGGACUUGUCGGUUCGCCAAAUCGAGCACUUGAACGAGAAGUACAACGUCAACGUUCCCUUCAUUCUCAUGAACUCUUUCAACACUGAUGAGGACACUGCCCGAAUCAUCCAAAAGUACCAGAACCACAACAUCAACAUUCUCACCUUCAACCAGUCUCGAUACCCCCGAGUUGACAAGGAGUCUCUCCUUCCCUGCCCCCAGGAGUCUGAAAGCGAAAAGACCAACUGGUACCCCCCUGGACACGGUGACAUCUUUGAUGCUUUGACCAACUCUGGUCUCCUCGACAAGCUCAUCGCUGCCGGCAAGGAGUACAUCUUCAUCUCCAACGUCGACAACCUCGGUGCCGUCGUCGACCUUAACAUCAUGCAGACCAUGAUUGACGCUCAGGCCGAGUACGUCAUGGAGGUCACCGACAAGACCAAGGCCGAUGUCAAGGGUGGUACCAUCAUCGACUACGACGGUAAGGCUAGGUUGCUCGAGGUUGCCCAGGUCCCCAAGGACCACCUCGACGAGUUCUGCUCUACCCGAAAGUUCAAGAUCUUCAACACCAACAACAUCUGGGCCAACUUGAAGUCUAUCAAGAGGGUUAUGGAUGAGGACGCGCUCAGCCUCGAGAUCAUUGUCAACAAUAAGGUCACUGACAAGGGUCAGGCCGUCAUUCAGCUUGAGACCGCCAUCGGUGCCGCUAUCAAGCACUUUGACUCUGCUAUCGGUAUCAACGUCCCCCGAUCACGAUUCUUGCCCGUCAAGUCCUGCUCCGACUUGCUUCUCAUCAAGUCCAAGCUCUACAACCUCGAGCACGGUGUCCUGACCAUGGACAAGUCUCGAGAGUUUGGUGGAACUCCCGUUGUCAAACUCGGUGACGAGUUCAAGAAGGUCGCCAACUUUGAGAAGCGAUUCAAGUCUAUCCCCAACAUUACCGAGCUCGACCACCUUACCGUUUCCGGUGACGUGUCUUUCGGCAAGGGUGUGCGACUUGCGGGAACCUGUAUCAUCGUUGCUACCGAGGGUAACAAGAUUGUGAUUCCCGACGGUACCAACCUUGAGAACAAGUUGAUCACCGGUAACCUUUCCAUCAUUGACCAUUAG